GUGUCUCGAGCCGGGAAGCGGCUGGGAGCGGAGCAGCCUCGCCGCAGCACCCGCCGGCAGCGGGACGAGACGGGACGGGACAGACGAGCGGAGCGGAGGGCAGGCACGGUGCUGGGUGCGAGCGAAGCCACCGGGGGCAGCCGGUACCGCUCCGCGGGGGAAACCUGCUCGGCAGCGGCGGAGAGCGCCGCUCCCCCCCUCCUCCCUCCCCAGUCCACCCCCGCGACCCUGGUCCUCCUCCUCCUCCUCCUCCUCCUCCUCCUCCUCACCCCACUGGAUACAGCGAGGGAGACACUGCGGCGGAGGCGGCGGCGGCGGCUCCUGCGGGGGGAAGGAAGCGCCCGGAGAGCGGAGCGGCGGGAGGCUGCGGAUCUGCGUGCCUGGCGCCCACCCAGCCCGAGGGGAGCCCCCAGCAUGCGGCUGAAGCCCGGCGCGCUCCUGCGCUUCUACAGCCUCUGCGGGAUCCUCAUACAAGUGGCUGCUACAAAGAACAAAGCUAGAGGUAGCCAAGGGCAGUUUCCACUUACACAGAACGUCACAGUUGUUGAAGGGGGAACAGCAAAUUUGACCUGCAGGGUCGAUCAAAAUGAUAACACCUCCCUCCAGUGGUCAAAUCCAGCUCAACAGACACUGUAUUUCGACGACAAAAAAGCUCUACGGGACAACAGAAUUGAGCUAGUUCGAGCUUCAUGGCAUGAACUGAGUAUCAGUGUCAGUGAUGUGUCUCUGUCGGAUGAAGGGCAGUACACCUGCUCUUUAUUUACUAUGCCUGUCAAAACCUCGAAGGCUUUUCUUACUGUUCUUGGUGUUCCUGAAAAGCCACAAAUUACUGGAUUUACUUCACCAGUUAUGGAAGGCGAGAGAAUGCAGCUAACUUGCAAGACAUCUGGUAGUAAGCCAGCAGCUGAUAUCAGAUGGUUCAAGAAUGACAAAGAAGUUAAAGAUGUUAAAUAUUUAAAAGAAGAAGAUGCAAAUCGUAAAACAUUCACAGUCAGCAGCACAAUGGAUUUCCUUGCAGAUCGCAAUGAUGACGGUGCAGUUAUAAGCUGCAGAGUAGAUCAUGAGUCUCUAAACUCUACACCUCAAAUAGCAAUGCAGGUUCUAGAAAUACACUAUACACCCUUAGUUAAAAUCAUUUCUUCCAAUUCGUGGCCUGAAGAAGGACAAUCUAUAAUUUUGACUUGUGAAUCCAAAGGAAAACCAGUGCCAGAACCUGUAUUGUGGACAAAGGAUGGAGGAGAACUACCCGAUCCAGAGCGAAUGGUUGUCAAUGGCAGAGUCCUAAGCAUCAGUUUCCUAAACAAAACAGACAAUGGCACAUAUCGAUGUGAAGCAAAAAAUCCAAUUGGCCGAAACAGCACAGAAUACGUUCUGAUAGUACAUGAUGUUUUCAACACUUUGCUUCCCACUACUGUCAUCCCCUCCCUUACCACUGCAACAGUCACAACCACUGUAGCCUUAACAGCCAGCACAACCACAUCGGCAACAGCCAUCAGCACCAGAGAUCCAAAUGCUUUGGCUGGACAGACCGGACCUGACCACGCUCUAAUAGGAGGAAUAGUGGCUGUAGUUGUCUUUGUAACACUAUGUUCUAUAAUUCUCCUUGGUCGAUACCUGGCAAGACAUAAAGGAACAUAUUUAACAAACGAAGCAAAAGGAGCUGAAGAUGCACCUGAUGCCGACACAGCCAUUAUCAAUGCAGAAGGCAGCCAAGUCAAUGCAGAGGAGAAAAAAGAGUAUUUCAUUUAGAUGCAGAGCUAGAAUCUUGGAGUUUUACUUAUCAGGCUGAAUGCUGGAAAAAACUGGCUAUCAUUUUUCAGACUUCAUUUCUUCCAUCUUCUACUAUCUUUAUUAACUCGCAUAUCUGCUCUAAGUAGCCAGUUUAUGCCAACAAUCAGCUGUUGACAUCCCCAUUAUAUAAUUACAGCAUCAUGUAUAAAGCAGGACAUUUCUUAUUGCCUAAAAUUCAUAUCCACUGCUCUCUUAACAUACAGUGCUUGAAUAUACAGCCUUAACAAUGUUAAUCAUCAUCUUAAUUCAAGUUUUCUACAUUUUUAAAUGUUAUACAGCUUUCUUCUUUUUCAGUUUCUUUUACCAUGGUCCCUACUAGUAUGUCAUAGAACAAUAUUCAUAACAAAUACUAUUAGGUAAGGACCUAAUUUACUUACAUAAAAUGUUAAGUCUAAGACUAGAGGUUUACAAAGAAUGUUUUAUACAUGUCUACAAUUAAAAAGCAACUUGUUUUUGAGACAUAUGCCCUAGGAAAUACAAACAGAAGUCUUUGUAGAAUAGUUUCUUGUGUGCUUGGAUUUGGUGGAAAAAAAACAACUGUCAAUCCACUGAAGUUUUUGUUUUGCCUUGCUUUAUUAUGUUUUAAAUGGUACCUUGACAGCAGUGCCAUGUUUCAGUGGUAAAAUCAUGCUGAAUAGCUAAACUGAUUCUGCAAAUUUAGAUAAUAGUGCUUCAUUUGAAACAAAUUUGUCCUGCCCUUCUACUGCUUUUUUGGGAUCACAAAGAUUAGGGAUUUUUUUUUUUUUUGAGUAAUUUCUGUUCUUGUAAUUUAUUUGCUUUACAUGGACUCACCUGCCUACACAAAUUUGAAGCGUUCAUGGGGCAUGACUGCAAGACAUUUUAGUAUAUGUAUAUAGUGCAUAUAAUAAAUUCAAUUAAACAUUGUUUGAAACAUGUUCAACUUUUUUGGCAGUAGCUAAGUCAGUCACAAGUAGGCAUUUUCUGAUGUCCAUUAUAUCCCUUUAGAUAUGACUCAAAUCAAUAUUCUGAGUAGGUAACAUGUAUUAUUAUUAUUAUUAUUAUUUUGUCUGUAUGUCCUAGCACUGUUCAGCAGCAAAAUUUUCUAGUUCCUGUUAGUUUUUUCUUUGUUAUACAAUGGAAGCACAAUGUUAUAUGGAAAGGUAGUUUUAUGCUAACAACCAGUGCACAGCCUCAGGUUUUAAAUUACAACCACAUUUGAUUACAAUCCUUAAAAAUACUAUUGAGUUGCAAAAAUUCUCUGUUUUUAAUUUGGCAGUUCCAGAGCUGCUUCUCUAUGUUGGUUUGCCAAAAAAGGAAAAAAAAAAAAAAAAAAAAAAAGGUAAAAAAAAAAGUAAAAAAAAAAUAGAAAUGUUAAAACAAAAGAUAUAUGUUUUGUGUAUACAGUAAAUGGACUAAUUCUUUAUAUUAAAUUCCUGUCUAUGCAUUUUGUGAGGUACAAACUUAUGUCACCGUGAAUGAUAGAGAAUUCCUGCCAUGCUUUUAGCUCCACAGUUAAAGUCUCUGUUUGAAAUAUUUCUGAAAUUUUUUGUGUAAUUGACAGCUGAAAAACACAUGCUCUUAACUGCGACAACAAAACACUGUAAGCCCAUUGGCUUAUUUCCUCUUCCAAUGAAGUAACAAGGUUGCCAUAACAGCUCUUAGUAAUGAUUCUACACUGGAGAAUGCAAGUUAGUCUCGAUGGAGUUUGUUGUACUCCUGAGUUUUGCACCUUUGACAAAAGAAUAUUUCUCUCUGGUUUCUGUACUUGUUUGUGAAGCCCAAAAGCAUGAUGGUCUACUGUAAAGGACUUUCUCCUGGGAUUUUAUUUUUGUGUGGGAAAGGGAGAGUUUGAAAUAUGACAUCAUGUAGUAUGGAAAAAUGGAAGAUAAAGGUGCUGUGUCAGAGUAUUUAUCAAAAGAGUAUAAACCUUUUAAGGACAAUGCUAGAGUAUUUUAAUUGUUUUUGUUGAAGCAUUUAUCUUGUUAAUUUCUAAGAAAAAAGGGUGACGUCAAUCCAGCAGCACUUUUUUUCAAAAUAUACAGACAUAAAUAAUAUGAUGUGGUUGAGUGUUAACAUAAUAAAUCAUAUACAGUAUGACAUUUUAAAGAAAUUAGUCUGCAUUGAUGUGAUUGCAUGCUUGUUUUUACAGUUCACUCCAUACCCAUCUGUGGAAAAAUGCAAUAAUAUGUUAAUAUAAUAUGGUAGUUUGAGAGAACCAGGUAGGUGCUACUAGACACAUUGAAAACUAGUAUAGGUUUACAAGAUAUUCAUGUCUUUCAAAGCAUACACAUGUAAAAAGGCUGGCAAAGGAAGUCAUUCAGUUUAGUACCAAAAAUUUGAAUUCCUGUCACAACUGUAAUUCCCAUUAGCCACAAUACAGUGUCACACACUGCAAGGUUUCAUUUCAGUACCUGGGGCCCGACUGAACUAAGCGUCUAAGCACACACUCAGUGACAGGCAUGGGAGAAGUUCCAUUGAACUGUAAGGCACUAUUCUUACACAUAAAAAGAAGUGCUUCCCUGUACAAGGGCCUUAUUUGCUCAAGUGGAAUUCCCCACAAGCAUGAUGUUUAUGCCUUUUUUUAUUCUUCCUAACUCCAGCUUGUUUGAAUAGUAGAGUUUUUAUUUGAACUGUUGCCCAACCAAGGUCAGGCAGGACCUUCAAAAGCAGGAUUGCUCUUGGGGUAACUGUUUUGAAUCAUUUUCUCCAGCAGCAUAAAAACAGCAUUUAAACUUUGCAAAAAAGGAAAGGAAAGGAAAAGAAAGGAAAAGAAAAGAAAAGAAUAUGAAUAGGAUUGUUGAAAUGCAUUAUUUCAUUGGUUUCCAAUUAAAACCUCUCAUAUGUGCUGUUUUUUUAAUGCAGUUGAUCUUCCAUUAUCUUGUACCUUGUGAUGUCACUUACAUCUGUACAAGGCAGGUGUAAAAAACACCACAACAAUCAGCCAUAAAUGGCAAAUUCUGACUGGGUAGCACUUUACAAGCCUAUCUAGUCCUCACAGAUUGAAAUUACUGUACCAGGUAUAAAGAGGCAUCAUUCUCUUUUGUAAGCAAAACCAUGGCUCAAAGCUUGGGCUGGUUUUUAAACCAGUUUUCUGUUUCCUUUAGUCAAGAUCCCAUUCUGAAAGAUCGCUUUGAAGAUGGUUGCAAGGUACCCAGCAAAUGCAUAAAAUGAAGUUUUUGAAUGGGAAGACAUUAGCCAAAAUGUGUGACAUCCUCUCCCUCACGCCCAUGCAGAGUAGUUUUCUCAAAACCAGGUAGCUAAUUUCUGCCAGUGUACUGUUUACAGUGUUGAUUGCUGAUUAUUUCUACACUUUUAAAUGUAGAUUUUUUUUUAAUUUUUUUUUCUAAUGUUUGAAAAACAUUCUCAUGAUUUGGACAGGAAAGCUGUGCAUCAGAAGACAAGGGGUGCAUCCUCACACUCUUUUAACAUCAUCAGACAAACUAAGAAACAGUUUAGGGAACCUGAUGUUGAAUUUUGAGGCUCAGAAUUUUAAGCUAGAACACCUUAAAAAGCUUUCACAUUUCUUAGGAGUGGUUCAUCUUGCACCAAGACUCCCUCUAUAAAGAAAUGUGUGGAGAAAAACAACUUUUCUAAAUGAGACAUGAAAGUUAACAUCUUGUGUAUUUUCAUGACAGUAUACUAUAUAUAUAUAUAUAUAUAAAACUAUUUCGAUGAAAAGAAAGGACAGAAUCAUCUGUAAUUAUGUAAUUCAUGAUUGUAACAGCACUGAAAUUACCAUGUACGCACAUGUACAGUAGCUCUUUCAACAGUUACAGCGUAGAUACAUGUACUUCCCUGUAACAUAGCCGUUAUAGUGUAAUUUAGUGCCACUUAUUGUAAAGUGUUACCAAAAGGAAAACAGAGUUCUUACCUUUAUAAUUCCAUUCAAAUUAAAGGUAAGUUUAUUAAAUUAGCACUGUAAAUCUGAUACCAUAUUUCUUAAUUAAGGAGGUGAUUUAAAACAUCAUGUUCACACUGCAGCUUUCCCCACCGCUUAUCCAGACUCCUCCAAGUGUCUGAUCUCUACACUCCAAGGAACUGGUACUCUGUGAUGAACAUACCAAAACCCAGAUACUUCUACUUUAAUUGAAUAAGCUGUAGAAUAGAGAAAAACAAACAAACAAACAAAAAAUAUGCGAGUAAUGCUUUUAUUAAGUGGCACAAAGUACACACUAAAAACUAUGCAAAAAUAUAGGUAAAUAUAGUGUAUUUACAUGUAAGUAUCUUGUACUUUCUGUGUAUGGAUUUUGGAAAACCAUGUAAUUAUAAUAUGCAUUUUGAUUAUUUCAAGCAGGGGAACAACCCCUAACAGUCACAAGGAAAACCAGGAAGGUACAUAUACAAGCAGCAGAUAUCCUAAUGCAAUAUGUAUAAUUCCUCUACCUUCAGUGACAACUGAUUUAUAAAAAUGCUUAUACUCCUCAUUAUUCUCACUAGCUUUAAUUUCUAUCUCUUUAAGGCUCAUUAAGUAUCACUGAAACACCUUUAGGCAAAGGCAGACACUGACUGUGCUGAUGGUUUUGCUGCCAGCAUUUUUUUGUGUCUGGCAACACUGUUCAGUAAUCUAUUUCAGGCUGAACAGUACAAGUUUCCUCUUUUUUUUUCUGUCCUCAAGGGAGCCUAGUAUGUUAAGAUGCUGAAAUAUGCUGCCAUAUGCCCUGCCAUUUUUAGCAGAAACAACAGAGAAAGAGAGAACGGCAUUCUCCUGACCUCUAUUUUGCUGAAUCACCUCACCUGGAAUUUCCACCACUUGCUCAGUAAUGCCAGGCAGUCUUAAAUUGUAAGUACCAAUUGCUUCCAUCAGAGCACAGAGGAUGCCUUUAAUGAUAAAGCUGAUGUUUUGUAAACAUGUAGUUUUGUAUUACUGAUCCUUCCAAUUCUUGCCACUUUUCCAUCAGACCCCACUGGAGGUAAUGCACUGAAAGACAGAUAACAUAGUAUAGCAAAAGAAGAAAAGAACAUUGUAAGUCUUUUUUUUUAAUUAUUAUUUUUAGCUGCCAUUUGCUAUAAUUCUCCUUUGUGGCAUAGGCAAUAGGCAAAUAGAUGUAUUUAGCAACUGCCAUUAGCAUUUUUCCACGUUGUACUAUUCCUUGAAUAUGACAUCUACCUCCUAGUCUGAAUACUAGCUACGAGAUAUUUGUGUACAUUUUAAAUUACUACUGAGUCUUUGAUGUAGUCUUGAAAUAAGAUGAUUGUAAUUUUGUUUUCUGCUAAAAACAGAAAGAAAAUAUUGCCUAGGUUGGUAAUACUUGCCCUAUUCUUUGCUGACUUUGGGAUUCUUUGGGAUUACAAUAGGGCAUAAGGACACAGCCUCAGCUGGUAUAAAUCAGCUUCACUCUAUUGCCUUAAACGUGGGCCAAUUUUCACUGUCUGGGGGUUCAUCCCAAACAGCUUAAAAAUGAACUGCUAUACCAUAUCAAUAUUUAGUCAGUACUAGACAGUGGCAUGCAAUCCAACUUCUACACAAUUCCUUUCCAGUAAAAGACAUGCAAUUUUGAAGAGAAACUUUUUAAAGCACAUGCAAGCUUUUGAAUUAAAUAUGCAGUACCACUAUUGUUGAGAUAUUCUGACAUAUCUCUUACUUAUUUAAACAUAUUUUAAGAGCAUGUUUACAUUAAAAACACUCAAUGCAUUUUGGACAGGGAAGGACUAUUGCAAGCAAUAUGACAAAAUGAAAUGGGCAGGGCUGCUUUUGAUGUCAACAGAGCAGAGUAGAAACUCAUCAGAAGCAGAAAUUCCUAAAGGUGCCCUACAUGGUUUUUCAGAAUGGGUCUGAAUUAGUACCUCCAACACAAAUGAACAUUGUCUAUUAGCACUGACAGAGGCUAGCACAGUUCCUUCCUACUUUUGGUGAAUCUAACCCAUCGCUCUGCACUUGCUUUAACUCAGGAGGAAAUAAAGGUAUAAACAUGGUUUAAUAGCACACUUCUCCAUGUUCUUGGGGUGCUUUAAGCUUUCUGUGCUUCCAGCAGCCCUUUAAGGAAUUAUUCCCACAGCUAGGAAUCACCUUGUUUCUAAGCUAGGUUCAUUUUCUUCAGCACUGUUUAGUGUAUUUACAUCCAGACAGAAGAUGGUGUAGAGCCAAUACGCUGACUCUGCAUUUCUAGGGGGUUCCUGUAGAAGGAUGCCUCUCAGUAGAUGGCAAAUUCUUUAUGAUGUUUAUGUUUAUGAUAGAUUUGCUCUCUAUGUUCCAUGUUUUGAGUCAUUUAUUCUCUGUUGGGCUAGAUGCAGCAGUCUGAUUGGAAAGGAGGUAGAAAACAAAGUCUCCAUUUUAGAGGCUCUUUUUAGGAGCAGUCUGUGUUACUACUGGAGAAAUGUUCAAGGAUUUUUAUUUUCAUCUUUUUUUAAGAGUUCAGUUGCAAAGCCAAGCCUUUUGGGGUCAGCACUUCAGCAUUGUCCGUGUGUUCAGAGUUAAGCCAGCAGCAUUUCCUGUUUGAGCUCCAAUCUCACAUUUCAGCACCAACUACACGUAGCCUUACCCAGUCCUUAUGCAUAAUGCUGAGGAAAACUGAUACUAUUUGCUUCUCAACAUACUCUUUUCUUAGUCUUCUUCUACAACAAAACUGUUGAAGGGCCUUCGUAAUACAUUCAGACGGACGGUUUUUAUAAAGAAAAUGAUAAUAAUUAACUGUUAGCAUUGUUUAUUAAGAGGGGAAAAGUCUUUAACUGCUGAGCUGAAUUCUUUAGCACUUCCUCUUUCCCUCCUUUCUAUGCAUAUUGCUUAAAGCCAGUAAAUGCACAGUUGCACAUGCUGUUUUUUUUUCAGUUAAAGGAGAUUUCCUUAUACCCCUGUACAGCAUCCAUAAAAAUAUGCAAAUAUAACCUACAGUCAUCUGCUUCAUCCUCAGCAGUGAGCCAAGAGAGUGAACUCAUGGAUUACUAGGUUCAUAUACGUUCUGCUUCCAAAAAAGUUAGAUACAAUAUGCCUAUUGAUCUCAAAAGAAUAAGGCUCAAGUUGUUAAUGCACAUUUGAUUUGCUCGUUAGUUCCUUUACAACAGAAUGACAAAGCAUUUCUUGUGCAUCCUUUACUCUGAGGAUACAUAUUUUAUAGCUAAAAAAAAAAAAAAAAAAAAAAAGAAACAGCAAAAAAAAAGUUCAGCAGGAAGUUUCCUAGAAUAAAUAAUAAGACAUAAUUUGUGAAAGGACUGGAACUAUUCAGACAGCCUAAGUCUAUUCUCCAGGGAAGUCCAAUGUCCACUGCUCUUACUCUUGCAGUUCACACCUUUGGAAGGAUACAGUUGAAUGGUUCAAAAAUAAAACCACUACCUUGAAAACAAAACCCCUGGGAAUUAAACAUAUUGCACUGAUGACAGAGACACAUUUACUUCAUUUAAUUUCUUCAUUAAUAACUUCAAGCAGACAAAAUGCAUAUUGUAAUGUUAGGUACAUGACACUUGCAUGUUGCUAUGCCUAUAUACUUACAAAGUAUUCAAUGUGUACUUAGUGGCGCUUAAAAAAUGUCAUGUACAAUUCCUCUAAACAUUCUUACAGGGUUCCCAUUUGCACUUCAUCUUUCAGAAAAGUCUUGUCAGAAAAAUGUCUGAUGAAUAUUAUUGAAAAAAAUAAAAUUUCAAUUUUAGUUA